UGAAAUUAAGUUGCAGAUGGUCAUAGAAGAAGGGGUGGAGCUCGGUUGUGACAAGAAGGAUUUGGUUUGGCUGCUCAAUUUAAGUGUUGACGUUGUAGUUGCAACGAGCAUGGCAAUGUGAAGGUGGCAUCCGUGUGAAUGCAUCUGAAAACUGUGGGGUAUCUAGUUAUGUUUCAGCAGCCUGUCUGAAAAUGUUAUCUGAGAACGUAUCGGAAUGAACGGGAUAUUUCAAGAUAUUUGCCUUUUAUUUCACCACAGCGUCUUUCAUUUGUAUUUUCGUGUUGCGCGCGAGGCAGUCCAGUGAGUGUGUUCACGACAACAGCAAGACUGGCAAGAAGGAUGAAGCUUCUAUAAAAAACCGUCACGCAAUUUGGUGUGAUUUGUCCUUUUUAUCGUUAUUUUUUUCUUAUACAUGCGUGGACUAUUUCACAGCUACCAAUCUUACGGAUUUGGUAACCCUUGAACUUCUAAGUAAAAUGGUCAUCUUGUUUUUGACCUCAACUCGCAAUAAUCCUGGUAACGAAAGGAAUACGUGCCAACUGCCGACGUCUAUCUGGUGGCGCUGCUGCAUCAACUUUUGGGGAUUUCACUAACCGUGACAAUUGAUGCAUCUUGGGGUGUCUGAGUCUAUGCGAGAGUGCGAGUACAGCCAGAUAAGCACUCGCAGCUCAACCCCAAUGGAGACACCUUUCAAGAAAAGUACUCCGAAGAGGAGAAAGUGGGAAUCUUUUCCUGGUCGGAAUAAGUUUUACUGCAAUGGACGGAUUAUGAUGGCCAGACAGACGGGGGUGUUCUACCUAACCCUUAUACUUAUUCUGCUUACAAGUGGACUCUUCUUCGCAUUUGAUUGUCCGUACCUGUCGGAGGCGCUGACGCCAGCCGUCCCUGCGGUGGGGGCCAUGCUGUUUGUGUUUGUGCUGGGAAGCCUCCUGAGGACCAGCUUCAGUGACCCCGGGGUUCUCCCCAGGGCCACCCCUGACGAGGCCGCCGACCUGGAGAGACAGAUAGAUGUAGCUAACGGCUCCAGUUCGGGGAGCUACCGGCCGCCCCCCAGGACCAGGGAGGUCCUCAUCAACGGUCAGACGAUCAAGCUCAAGUACUGCUUCACCUGCAGGAUCUUCAGACCUCCACGCGCCUCCCACUGCAGCCUCUGUGACAACUGUGUGGAGCGGUUUGACCACCACUGUCCCUGGGUGGGGAACUGUGUGGGGAAGAGGAACUACCGCUUCUUCUACAUGUUCAUCCUCUCGCUCUCCUUCCUCACCAUCUUCAUCUUCGCCUUCGUCAUCACCCAUGUCAUCCUCCGCUCCCACCAAGCAGGCUUUCUCGCCGCACUCAAGGACAGUCCUGCCAGUGUGCUGGAGGUGGUGGUGUGUUUCUUCUCUGUCUGGUCCAUCGUGGGCCUGUCCGGCUUCCACACCUACCUGAUCAGCUCCAACCAGACCACCAACGAAGACAUAAAAGGCUCGUGGUCGUCUAAAAGAGGAAAGGACAACUAUAACCCCUACAGCCACGGGAACAUUUUCACCAACUGCUGUGCAGCACUCUGUGGACCCCUCCCACCCAGUCUCAUCGACAGAAGAGGUUUUCUCCAAUCAGACACGCCACAACCCAUACCUCCAACCAAUGGCACCACUAUGUAUGGAGCCACCCAAUCACAGAGCCAGAUGUGUGACCAAGACCAGUGCAUUCAGAGCACCAAAUUCGUUUUGCAGGCCGCAGCCACGCCCCUCCUGCAGCAGCAGAGUGAGCCGGUCAGCCUGACCGAGGACGGGGGCUCCCUGCCUGGGAGGACGUCCCUGGGGGGCCCCUGCAGCACCUUGCCCCUGGGCCAUCCCACGCCGCCCUCCUCCACCAACAACCUGAGCUGCCACGUGGCGGACAACAUGCUGCCCCUGCGCAGCGAGCACCACCACCAUCACAAGGAUGGAGGAGGGGUGGUGGGGGGGGGGCAUCACCACUUCCUUACGCCUGAGGAGGCCCCCUCGCCCCCGGGCAUGCUCCCCUGCGGUACCCCCCUGGGCCACAGCCACACCAUGCAGACAGGCUUCUUCCACCCUGCCAGCCAGGACUCCCUACAUGAGGACUCGGUCAGAGGACUGGUGAAACUCAGCUCAGUCUGACCACGGGUUCUUCCUGCCCUGCCCCCGAAUACAUCCAUCCGUCCCCCUAAAACGUCCCCAUUCUCCACUUCCUUCUCCCCAUCCUUUAUUUCCUCUCCGACGUCCUCACACACCAGUGCCAAACGGUGGGCCGAAUUUCCCCUAAACACCACCACAGGACUUGAGACUAUAAGAGGCCGUGGUGUCUAGGCUGCUGAAAUUUGCUCUCCUCAUUCAGCGUCUUGCCAAGCCUCCCGCCAUAGCCAGGGAUGGCAGCCAGGGCGGUUGACUUUGCCAUAGUUAAAGAGACGGUUAAGUUCUGCCCUCCCUUCUCCUCUACGGAAGCAAAAGUCACUGCCCUGGGAACCGUACAGACAUUUUUAAAAAGGGUUGUUAUGGCUGUGUAUGGUCAAGAAUAAAAAGAGGAAAUGUAUUUGACAAUUGUUUCUUAACGUGUUUUCAAAGGAAAGGAAGAAAAGAAAAAAAGCUGCUUUAUUUCUGUGGUGAAUCACAGGUCUGGCAUUUGUUUGUAAGAGGGACUUGGCCUACUUGUUGAAUUAAGGAUGGAUAGUGUCUUUGCCUUUCUCCUCGGACAUUCUUGUUGACAGUCAACAAUGCAAUCAGUAACAAAAGUUGAAGUCAUCAUGUCGCAUAUCAGUCAAUUCACCUAUUUUUUUUAUGUUAAAGAGACAAUAUUGUGUCGUGCCAUACCAUGUUUUUUUUCUCUCAAAUUGUUAUAUUUCCUGUGGAUAUUAAUAAAAUCACAUCUUUUUA